GCCGAACUCCAGAAGUUUGGAAGUUUGUCCCAUCCCAGCCUUGAACUCAGCACCACAGCUCCUCUGGUUCGAGACUGGGAGGGUGUCUGUCUCUUUCUGUCUCAGCUAUUUCCUCCCUUCACUCAGGACCCCUUUCUCUGCACAUCUCUUAUCAGUGACCUUCUCACAGCUUUGCUCAGCCACCUUCCUCUGGGAGCAAGAGGAAUUUACCAGGAGGAUAAUGACAACAAGUUCAGCUCACAGUCAUUUUACAUAACUAAUAUUAUCUCUUUUUUUCUUCAAAAACAAACACAGUGGAAUACAGCUACAUCAGCUUAGGGUGUCCCUUUGCUGUAUUGGUGAUAGAAGAUGAAGAGGCAUCGGUUAUUACCGCUAUGUGCCCUCCUAGGCUUCCUGUUUGCAGGAUUCCUCCCUAACUUUGAGGCUCAGGAAGAUUGUGCACAGGGGUUGGGAGCUGAUAUAUACUUUCUAGUGGAUUCAUCCUGGAGUAUGGGAGUGGAGAACUUUAAGCAUAUCAGACAAUUUCUGUACAGCUUGAUACAAUCACUGCACCAGGUUGGAGGGGAGAGGUUUAAAUUUGCCCUUGUGCAGUACAAUACUAAGCCACAAACUGAGUUCCAGCUCAACAGCUACCCAACAACACAGGGAGUCCUGGCACACAUCAAGGCUAUGCUUUAUCAUGGUGGGGGAACCCAGACUGGCCUGGGCCUGGAUUUCCUGACUCGUACACACUUGACCACUGCUUCGGGCAGCCGCGCUGUUGAUGGUGUGGCCCAAGUGGUGGUUGUGCUAACAGAUGGGCGCUCCCAGGAUGACGUGGCCGAGCCAGCUCAGGUGCUGUGGCUGGCAGGCGUGGAGGUGUUUGCAGUUGGAGUUCAGGAUGCAGUUGAUUCGGAGCUCAGGGACAUGGCUAGCAAGCCCCAUGACACUCAUGUGUUCAGUGUAGACUCUUUCCUGACUUUGCGGGAUAUAAUCCAAGAUUUAGUAGUGGGGCUUUGUGACGCAGUGACCCGGUCAGAGGGUGGUCCUGUGGCAAAUGAGGCCCCCGUGUCUGGAGGAGGGACAGCACAAGAUUCAGCUGACCUAGUACUCUUAAUUGAUGGAUCAGAGAACGUUGGAGCAGCAAACUUCCCCUUUGUGCGCGAUUUGGUUUUGAGAAUCAUUGAGCCCCUUGAUGUGGGCAGGGACACUUUUCGGGUGGCCUUGGCCCUGUACAACGGCAACCCACAGAUAAAGUUCUAUCUAAAUAGCUAUGACAGCAAAUCAUCAGUCCUGGAAGCGGUGAAGGGCCUUUCCUACUCAGGGGGUGAUGAAUCUAACCUGGGGUUCGCCUUGGAGGAAGUAGCCAAGAGCCUUUUAAGCCAAACAGCUGGGGGCAGGGCCGACGAGGGUGUGCCCCAGAUGUUGGUGGUUAUCAGUGCUGGGCCGUCCACUGAUGAUACUGGUGCCGGUGACCGGGCCCUUAAGAGGGCCAGCGUUAUCACAUUUGGCGUGGCGAUUGGUGACACGGCCAGUGCAGAUCUGGAAGCAGUUGCUACAGAUAAAAGUUUUGUCCUGUCAGCCCCUGAUUUCAGGACAGUGGCGAGCACGGGUGACCAGCUGCUCCCAUUCAUUAACGGGGUGGUCCAGCGCACCAUUAUAGUUCAGAACGAGUUCACAGAAGUCUUGGCAGUUGGACCACGAGACAUCAUUUUCCUCAUCGACAGUACAAUGGGUGCAACGCUUAUCAACUCUGUGCGAGAAUUCAUCAAGCGGUUCGUCGACAUCAUGCCAAUUGGUCCAGAUGGAGUUCAAGUGGGUGUGGCCCAGUUCAGCAAUAUCCCUCGACUUGAGAUGGAUCUCAACUCCUAUGGAUCCAGGGAGGAAUUAACUGCUGCUUUGGGCUCUAUCAAACCGAGACCGGGACAGACAGUCAACAUUGGAGCAGCCUUGGACUUUGUUCGGACAAAUAUGCUGCGGCCUGAGAAAGGCAGUCGUAUUCAACAGGGGGUACCCCAGGUUUUACUGUUGAUGACCAGUAAAAAGUCAAGUGACAGUGUGGCAGCACCUGCUAUAGCCCUGCAGCGACUGGGCGUAUUGACUCUAGCUGCGGGUUCCAAGACUGCGACGGAGAACGAGCUGCAGCAGAUUGCCUUUGCUGACAGUGUUGCAUUCUAUUUGAAAGACUUCCGCUCACUGCUUCGCAACCCAAAGGCAAUUGUCGAUGCGCUCUCCACUAUAGCUGGGGUGGUGGUGACUGAAGGACCCACUGAGCCAGUGGUGGAGAUAACCACAGUGCAGACUCAAAAAGUGGUUCGAGACAUUGUCUUCCUUGUGGAUGGAUCAAACUACGUUGGCAGCAGUAACUUUCCCUAUGUGAGAGAUUUCAUCAUCAACGUGGUCAACCAGCUGGAUGUACGUCCUGACAGAGUCAGGAUUGGUCUCCUGCAGUUUGCUGAGAGCCAAAAAAUUGAAUUUCAUCUGAACAGCUACAGCAGCAGGCAAGAUGUUGUGAAUAAAAUCUCUCAACUCAGGCUGACUGGAGGCUCAGUUUUGAAUACAGGAGCUGCCAUGAAUUAUGCCCUUGCCAACAUGUUCCAGCCAUCAACUGGGUCACGUAGGAAGCAGGGAGUCCAGCAGGUGUUGGUUCUGAUCACAGGUGGUCCAGUCCAGGAUCAGGCUAAAAACGCAGCUGAUAAAUUGGCUCUUGCUGGUGUUUUGACCUUCACAGUCAGUUCUGGGCAAGCAGAUGAAGCCCUAAUGAGAACAGUUGCCUUUGUUGAAGAUUUGGCUUACCAUGAAACAAGCUUCUCAAAUUUGCCAGCUCUGGCUGAACAAAUAAUGCCAAAGUUGAUAACAGUGGUUGGUGAUACAGAUGUGACAGAAACAACAUUCCCUGAGGAAACUGCUGUUGUUGCUGGAGCUGAAAGAGAUGUUGCCUUUCUCAUUGAUGGCACAGAAAACGUCAGAAGAGAUUUUGCCUACAUCCGAGAUUUUAUCCUUAAAGUCAUUGAACCACUUGAUAUUGGGACUGACAGGGUGCGAGUUUCAGUGGUUCAACACAGCGAGAGGCCAACUCCAACUUUCUACCUUAACACUUAUCAGACCAAAGAUGAGGUGAUAAGAGCUGUCAGAGGAAUGACAUUGGCUGGUGGACGGAGCCUUAACACAGGAGCUGCUCUAAGUUUCAUGAAGGACACCAUCUUGUCUGAAAGGCAUGGUAGCCGUGCAUCACAAAAUGUCCCCCAGUUCCUGAUCGUUUUGGCUGCAGGCAGGUCCAGGGACAGCGUAAAGGAUUCUGCUGGUGCGCUAAAGACAGAAGGAGUUGUACCGUUUGGUGUUGGUGUCAAGGAUGCAGACCCAAAGCAGAUUGCGGCCAUUUCACACAACCCUUCCUUUGCCUUCAAUGUGAGGGAAUUCAGCGAGCUUAGCACCGUUACACAAAGGCUCAAUAACUACGUGAGCCUUCCAAGGGAAGAGCUGACCACAGUUCUACAGCAAGUACAAAGCAAUGCUGCAAAAAGAGAUAUUGUGUUCCUACUGGAUGGCUCUGAUAACACAAUAAAUGGAUUCCCAGAGAUAAAACUCUUUGUUAAGAGCAUAGUGGAGAGCCUCUCUGUCAGUGAGAGCCAAGACAGAGUGUCUGUGGUUCAGUUUGCUAAUAACCCUGAGGUCAACUUUUAUCUGAGUUCUCACAAGGCAAAGGAUGACAUUAUAAAUGCCAUAGAAAAUUUAAGGCACAAGGGUGGGAGGCGCCUUAACAUCGGGGGAGCGCUCCAGUUUGUGAGGCACAGUGUCUUUACUUCCUCAACGGGCAGUAGAAGAUUAGAAGGAGUGCCCCAGAUUUUAAUUCUUCUAAGUACAAAACCGUCCACUGAUAACGUGAGAAGCCCAGCUUUUGCUCUUAAAGAGCAUGGAAUUGUGUCAGUGGGGGUUGGAGUGGGAGAUGCCAAUCAUUCAGAGUUGGAAAUGAUUGCCUUCAAACCUGGUUUUACAUACAAAGUCACUGAUUUCUCCAAGUUGCCCUCAAUCCAAUCACAAAUUGUUGCUACACUGAACAUAAACAAAGAAACUGCGGAAACCAUGACUGGAAUCUCAGAUUUAGUAGGUAAGAAUUCCACAUUUCAAUAUAUGCCUAAAAUUGGAGUACAGUAUUUGUCUUCAGAAUAACAUUCUUUACUCUCU